ACAUUCUCCCCCAUAAUACGCGGUCCAAAUCGCCCCCAAUAUAAGGCCUCUCUCCUCCUUUUAGGGUUUCCAACGCCCCUCUCCCUUCUCCACAUUCCACGCUCCACCGGCAAUCACCUCCAAUUCUGUUCAAUUUCUCUGCUACUGAUUUAUUGAUUUCUCAAUUUUGAGUUUUAUCGGCAUCUCUUUUGCGAUUCAGCUGCCUUCGAUUUUGUUUUCUGGUGAAUGAGGAAAAAGAGAGUGUGAAAUUUCAAUUGGGGGAAAUCGGAGAUGCAUUCCUGACGGUUUCAAUUUGAUAAUCUGACAUUUGUGUUACAAUUAAUUGAAGAAAUGCCGUCAACAGAUCUUCAGGAAUCAUCCUCAUCCCCAUCCCCAUCCACCUUCAGUUUCUCGAUCCUGAGCCGCCGCCGCGAUCAGGUCCACUCGACGGAUUCCCCGCUCGAAUCCAACGGCCAGGAAUCCGAAUCGGAAGCCUUCCAGCGCACGGUGGCGGAGCGCUUCCAAGACGUGGCGGCGGCGCCCUCGGAGGAGCUACUCUCGAUCCCAUGGAUCCAUAAGCUUCUGGAGACAUUCCUGAGCGUCCAUGAAGAAUUCAAAGCGAUCGUCUUCAACAACAGGAGCAGCCUCGCGAAACCCCCCAUGGACAAGCACAUUAACGAUUUCUUCGAUCGCAGCGUCAAAGCCCUCGACGUCUGCAACGCCAUCCGCGACGGAAUCGAGCACAUUCGCCACUGGCAGAAGCAGCUCGAGAUCGUCCUCUCCGCCCUCGACAGCAACCAGCGCAGCAUCGGCGAAGGCCAGUUCCGCCGCGCCAAGAAGGCCUUGAUCGACCUCACCAUCGCAAUGCUCGACGACAGAGACUCCAGCGCCACCGUCUCCCACCGCAACCGCUCCUUUGGCCGCCAGAGCAACCACCAGCCCCGCUCCAUGGCCAACUUCCGGUCCCUAUCUUGGAGCGUCUCCCGGACCUGGUCGGCCGCGAGACAGCUGCAGGCGAUCAGCAGCAACCUGGCUCCACCCCGUGGCAACGAGACCUCCGCCACCAAUGGCCUCAAUGUGGGCGUCUUCGCCAUGAGCUACGUCCUUUUAUUCGUGAUGUGGACGCUCGUUGCAGCCAUACCUUGCCAGGACAGGGGCCUCCCCACGCAGGUCUUCAUGAGGCAGUUUGCGUGGGCGGCCCCCAUAGGCUCCCUCUACGAGCGGAUCAUGGAGGAGUCGAAGAGGAGGGACCGGAGGAACAGCUGUGGAUUGAUGAGGGAGAUUUAUGAGAUUGAGAAAUGUGUGAGGCUUAUGAAUGAGCUGACUGACUGUGUCGAAUUCCCAUUGACGGAGGAGAGGGAGAGGCAGGUGAAGGAGAGGGUUCAGGAGAUCGGGAAGAUAUACGAGGCGAUCAAGGAGGGUUUGGAUCCGUUGGAGCGCCUCGUGAGGGAUGUGUUUCGGAGGAUUGUGAGGAGCAGGACCGAGGGGCUCGACUCCAUAGCCCGAGCUAACGCUCCGGAGUGAUCAUCAAGUUUGGAAGGGAGAUCAACAGUCGUUUGUAUGUAUUAGAGAAAUGUGAUUAUGUAUUAGAUGGGAGGCAUCUUGUGUUUUUCAUUGUUCUUGUUUUGUUUGAGGGUAUAUUUGAGCUUCACAUUGUACCAAUUUUGUGUAUAUUCAGACAGGAAGUUGCAAGUUUUGGGAA